AUGGAUGCGGAGUGGGAGAAACUUCGGAAGAAAACGUGUUGGCUCGAAGAAAAGGUCCGUGAGUAUGAUGAUGUUGCCAAUGAGGCACGCAAAAACAAUGCAAAGGUCCACUUCGGACGGAUCUUUGAAAUCUGCUCGCAGAAAGGAUCAGAAUUGCCUGACGGGGAUCCCAACAAGAAGUGGAAGGGUAGAAGUGUUUUUCAAGGAAACCGUGUGCAUGACGAACAUCAUGACCAUGCCCUUUUCGCUGAGUUAGGCUACCGAGACCCCGUAUGCCCGCUUCGAUUAGCUCUCUAUGGCCAUCCCGAUGCCGGUCCCACCAAGAACAUGGCCCAAGGUUGGAAGGACAUCAACAGCGUCAUUGAUAUGGAUCCUCCCGAAGCCCUUGGCCGUUACUUUGGUUGGGGUGAAGCUAAGUUUGACUGGUGGACCGGCAGAACUUAUUUCCCACUUGAUCGUGAAACCCCAGUGGAAGACUUCACUUAUGCUCUUGCAUCCUACAAGAAGAAGAAUCCACGCAGCAAGACAGAAGCUAAGAACAAGGUCAAAGAAAGUAGGUUCAAGCCGCCCGAAUCCAUCAUUGACGAACCAACCCCUUGUAUGGUCAACAAAGUCAACGCAGUAACCUACGACAUGGAGGAUUUUCUUGGCACCUGUGUAGAGAAGUACUGCGAAUUGGCUAAGGUAGAUCGGAAAACCCUGAGGCAUGCUGCUACGCCUUUUCAUGAGGCCCGUAUCGCCAAGCCGGUGGAUCCUGACAAAGAGCCAACCGGUAAGCUUGCGGGUAUUGCAUCACGCAUCCUCAUGAAGGUACUCUUUGCAGCGCGCGUG